GGAAGGGGCGGGGCCAAGACUGCGCGCCCAAUCGGGGCGACGGCUAGUCUUGCCGGGGGACUCGUGGGAUAACUUGCUUUUCGGAACCUGCGGUAUGGCGUCUGGCUGCAAGAUUGGCCCGUCCAUCCUCAACAGCGACCUGGCCAAUUUAGGGGCCGAGUGCCUCCGGAUGCUAGACUCUGGGGCCGAUUAUCUGCACCUGGAUGUAAUGGACGGGCAUUUUGUUCCCAACAUCACCUUUGGUCACCCUGUGGUAGAAAGCCUUCGAAAGCAGCUAGGCCAGGACCCUUUCUUUGACAUGCACAUGAUGGUGUCCAAGCCAGAACAGUGGGUAAAGCCAAUGGCUAUCGCAGGAGCCAAUCAGUACACCUUUCAUCUUGAGGCCACUGAGAACCCAGGGGCUUUGAUUAAAGACAUUCGGGAGAAUGGGAUGAAGGUUGGCCUUGCCAUCAAACCAGGAACCUCAGUUGAGUAUUUGGCACCAUGGGCUAAUCAAAUAGAUAUGGCCUUGGUUAUGACAGUGGAACCGGGGUUUGGAGGGCAGAAAUUUAUGGAAGACAUGAUGCCAAAGGUUCACUGGUUGAGGACCCAGUUCCCGUCUUUGGAUAUAGAGGUCGAUGGUGGAGUAGGUCCUGACACUGUCCAUAAGUGUGCAGAGGCAGGAGCUAACAUGAUUGUGUCUGGCAGUGCUAUUAUGAGGAGCGAAGACCCCAGAUCUGUGAUCAACCUAUUAAGAAAUGUUUGCUCAGAAGCUGCUCAGAAACGUUCUCUUGAUCGAUGAAUCAUAAGGAGCCCAAUGUUUCUGUUCAUGAAAUCUCCCUUUUAUUGGAAAACAGGAAUAUUGACUACCAAAUCAUAAUGCAAGUGAAGCAGUACUGCUUUUUUGAGCAGUUAUUCAUUCCAGUGAUUAAAAUUGGUUGUGCAGAAUAGUCUGAAAGGUUAGAAAUUGGUGUGUAUAACUACAUUUUUAGUGAUGCAAUUUAACGAUUAGUGAGUAAGUACUGUUUUUAUUAAGAAACUUGAUUUUUAUAUAGAGUAAAACUAUGGCUGCAUUAAGGUUACAAACAGAAAAGUGUCUUAAUGCCUAAUGAGGGCAUAUUAGCUACACUACAAAAACAAAUUUUUUCUGUAUUUCUCAAAAGCAUUUUGUUGUUUCUCAGCUAUUUUCCAAAAGCAGAGGAAGUCUUUAUGGUUUUCAUGUUAUUCGUGAUUUGUUUAUAUGCUUGGAAAUACAAGUUGAAUGGAAUUUUAAAAUACAAAUUUUGGUGGCAUGGCAUACCAUAUUACUGGUUCUCAAAAUUUAUUACUUUUCACCUUACACUUGAUGUGUAAAAACUAUGAAAACAAUGUGUGAAACCCAGGGGUUCUAAAAUACAAGCAUAGAUUUUAUCCAGGCGUUUGUCAAAGCAGGUUAUUCAGUGAUUCCUCCCCACCAUUUUUAAGGUUAAAUAAUGCUGUUGUGUUACCUCUGCGUAGAAAGGAAAAGUAAAGCCUCUGUUUGGAAGUAAUAUUGGGUUGAAUUCUGAAGCUGCCGCUUUCUAGCUGGACCUUUAACAAAUCACCCAACCUUUUUGUGCUUCUCUGAACUCACUUAUACAUUGAAUGUAAUUAGAACAACUGUGGGGUUGUGUUGAGAAUUAAGAAGUAAUACUAUAUAUAUAAAGUUUCCAGUACUAGUCCCAGAGUUUAGAAUAUGCUCAAUACAAAUUAAGAAGUAAUACUAUAUAUGUAAAGUUUCCAGUACUAGUCCCAGAAUUUAGAAUAUGCUCAAUACAAAGUGGCUACCAUUAUAUAAGUUUAUAUUUUGCGAGUUAUAAAGUACUUCAAUACAUUCUCAUUAACUCUGUAAAUCACCUCUGCAAGUGGUAAUAAAGCAGAUAUUUUUGUCCCCAUUUAAAAACUGAAGAAAUUAACAGUAGGAUGGUUCCCUGGAAAGCGGUAGCAUUUCUGAUCUGUACUCUUUUUACAAAUGGAGCCCUUGGGAGGUGAGUAGGGCAAAAGAAGCUUUUUACUUAACAUUGUCUUAUUUCCAGUCUAAUUUUACCCUAUAGCAGAACCAGAUGGCUGAGAAUAUUCUGGAACUAUGGAUCUUGACCUCAAGGAUAUAUUAUUUUAUUCCAGGAAAGAUCAGGUAGGCUGAAAGAUGACAGGAUGCAGAGUCAAUCCAUAAACUGAGUAUUUAUAACUGUGUUCUAAAUUACACAGAGUCUAAAGAUAUGUGUCAGCUACUUCAUUCCUAUAAAUACUCUUGUUAUAAAUAUGGCAAGAAAUAUCAGGACCAGUAUCAAUAAACUUCUUGAGGCUACUAUGAGUUUCGAGAAAUAAGGUUAAAAAAGUAAGAAUGUUAACACUGAAGCAUAGACUAGAGCUUGCUUGGGUGUUUUUCCUGCAUUAUAAGGUAAAAAUUUGCUCAUGUUUAUUUUUAUUUCAGCUUGGGAAAGCUUGCUUGGAAAAGCUUUGUGCCAUGAAUAGGUCGCAUUUAAUAACGGUCAAACAACACAAGGCAUAUAGAAAUAACUUUAAUUAAAAAACUUACAUAGAAGAUUAUAAUAUCAGAUGUGAUAAAGAUUUGAGUUUGUUUACCUGGACAACUUGGGUUUGUCUGGCUUUUGUUUUCUUUUUCUUUAAAAAUAAAUGUACAGUAAAACUACAAGCAAAAGUUUGUUAGUAUUGAAUUUGAAUUUUUUACCCUUUAAAAGGACUAGUAGAAUUUUCAAUCUCUAACAAAAACUUAGUGUUAAAUCUCACAGACUAGGCCAAAUGGCCAAUAUUUUCAGUUAUGCAGGUACUAAACUUGAAUAACCUUUUUUACAUGGCAAAAAGUGAUUUAUAUAUAAAUUGUCCUCAACUUUCACAUA